CGCUCCUCUGGCCUGCUCGCCGGCCCCUCAGGCCCAGCCUCGGCGGACGUGGUGGGAAAGGACAGUCUCCCUGGGAGGAUAUACGCAGGGACUCAUUCCAAAGUUCUUGGAAGACCUGUCAUGAGGAAAGCAGGCAGCGGGUAAACACUGGACAGCAGCCCCAGCAGCAGGGAGGACCAGGCUGGCCUGGGAGCCGCUGCAGCUCAAGGUGCCCGCCAGGUCCCGACCACCACCGUGCGGCGGUGGCGUCUCUGGGACCCAGGUCUGAGACCCCGCCGUCUGGCCAGAAGGAGCUUAAUUCCGUCGCUUCUGAGCUGUCUGCACGGCAGGAGGAGAGUGAACAUUCUCAUAAACAUUUAAUUGAACUCCGCCGGGAAUUUAAGAAAAAUGUACCUGAGGAAAUCAGAGAGAUGGUGGCUCCUGUAUUAAAAAGCUUCCAAGCUGAGGUGGUGGCCCUUAGUAAGCGAAGUCAGGAGGCUGAGGCCGCGUUCCUGAGUGUUUACAAGCAGUUGAUUGAAGCGCCAGACCCCGUGCCUGUGUUUGAGGCGGCUCGUGGCCUAGACGACAGACUGCAGCCCCCCAGCCUCGACCCCAGCGGGCAGCCCCGGCGAGACCUCCACACUUCGUGGAAGAGGCACCCCGAGCUCCUCUGCCCCAAAGAGCAGAGAGAGGGGCCGUCUCCGGCGGGGCCCACACUGACUGAGGGGAGCCGCCUCCCGGGCAUUCCCAGCAAAGCCCUCCUGACAGAAACUUUGCUGCAGAGAAAUGAGGUGGAGAAACAAAAGGGCCUUCAGGAAGUACAGAUCACUUUGGCAGCCAGACUGGGGGAGGCGGAGGAGAAGAUCAAAGUCCUACAUUCAGCGUUAAAGGCCACGCAGACAGAGCUGCUGGAGCUGCGCCGGAAAUACGAUGAGGAAGCGGCAUCCAAGGCAGAUGAAGUCGGCCUGAUCAUGACCAACCUGGAGAAAGCUAAUCAGCGAGCUGAGGCUGCCCAGCGGGAGGUGGAAAGUCUUCGUGAACAACUCGCCUCUGUCAACAGCUCCAUCCGCCUGGCCUGCUGCUCCCCUCAGGGACCCAGCGGGGAUAAAGUGAACUUCGCACUGUGCUCGGGCCCUCGGCUUGAGGCUGCCCUGGCCUCCAAGGACCGGGAGAUCCUGCGGCUGCUGAAGGAUGUGCAGCUGCUCCAGAACUCGCUGCAGGAGCUGGAGGAGACGUCGGCGAACCAGAUCGCCGACCUGGAGCGGCAGCUCACUGCCAAGUCCGAAGCCAUCGAGAAGCUGGAGGAGAAGCUCCAGGCGCAGUCUGACUAUGAAGAAAUUAAGACAGAGCUGAGCAUCUUGAAAGCCAUGAAGCUGGCCUCCAGCACCUGUGGCCUCCCCCAGGCCAUGACCAAGCCUGAAGACUCGCUGCUCCUGGCCAAGGAGGCCUUCUUCCCGGCACAGAAAUUCCUUCUGGAAAAGCCCAGUCUGCUGACCAGCCCUGAGGAGGACCCUUCGGAGGACGAUUCCAUCAAGGACUCGCUGGGCACGGAGCAGUCGUACCCGUCCCCUCAACAGCUGCCACCACCCCCGGGGCCUGAAGACCCUCUGUCUCCCAGCCCAGGGCAGCCCUUGCUGGGCCCAGGCCUGGGGUCUGACGGCCCGAGGACUUUCUCGCUGUCCCCCUUCCCCAGCCUGGCGUCAGGGGACGCGCUGCUGUCCAAGCACCUGAUGCCCCCGGCCGCCUUCAAGGGGGAGGCGGGAAGCCUGCUGGUGUUCCCCCCAGCUUUCUAUGGCGCCAAGCCCCCCACAGCCCCUGCCACCCCGGCCCCUGGGCCCGAGCCGCCCGGGGGACCUGAGCCAGGGGGGGGCGGCGGGGGGGCCGGGCCCGGAGCGGAGGAGGAGCAGCUGGACACAGCAGAGAUCGCCUUCCAGGUGAAGGAGCAGCUGCUGAAGCACAACAUUGGGCAGCGGGUGUUCGGCCACUACGUGCUGGGGCUGUCACAGGGCUCGGUCAGCGAGAUCCUGGCACGGCCCAAGGCCUGGCGCAAGCUCACAGUGAAGGGCAAGGAGCCUUUCAUCAAGAUGAAGCAGUUCCUGUCAGACGAGCAGAACGUGCUGGCCCUGCGGACCAUCCAGGUGCGGCAGCGAGGCAGCAUCACCCCGAGAAUCCGCACGCCAGAGACGGGCUCGGACGACGCCAUCAAGAGCAUCCUGGAGCAGGCCAAGAAGGAGAUCGAGUCGCAGAAGGGGGGUGAGCCCAAGAACUCCACGGCCCCACUGAGCAUGGCCAACGGCUCAGCCUCCACCAGCACCUCGGAAGAUGCCAUCAAGAACAUUCUGGAGCAAGCACGCCGGGAGAUGCAGGCACAGCAGCAGGCCCUGCUGGAGAUGGAGGCCGGCCCCCGGGGCCGCUCCGUGCCACCCUCACCCCCCGAGCGGCCCUCACUGGCAGCCGGGAGCCAGAACGGGGCCCUGACCCACGUCAAGCAGGAGGACAGCGGUGUGGGCACUGGAGGCACCAGCAGCAGUGCCACGCAGACGUCACUCACGGUCCUGUCCCCCGCUGCCUUCGUGCAGAGCAUCAUCCGGAAGGUCAAGUCCGAGAUCGGCGACGCUGGCUACUUUGACCACCACUGGGCCUCGGACCGCGGCCUGCUCAGCCGGCCCUACGCCUCCGUCUCACCCUCACUGUCUUCCUCGUCCAGCUACUCCGGCCAGCCCAAUGGACGGGCCUGGCCCCGUGGGGACGAGGCCGCCCCAGCCCCUGAGGACGAAGGGGCCGGGGGCGAAGACGAACCCCCCAGGGUGGGCGAGCUCAAGGCUGAGGGGGGCGUCCCUGAGGCUGCCGGUGGGCGGCUGGCCUACUACCCGGCCUACGUGCCCCGCACACUGAAGCCCACCGUGCCGCCCCUGACCCCCGAGCAGUAUGAGCUCUACAUGUACCGGGAGGUGGACACGCUAGAGCUGACACGCCAGGUCAAGGAGAAGCUGGCCAAGAAUGGGAUCUGCCAGAGGAUCUUCGGGGAAAAGGUGCUGGGCCUGUCACAGGGCAGUGUGAGUGACAUGCUGUCCCGGCCCAAGCCAUGGAGCAAGCUGACCCAGAAGGGGCGGGAGCCCUUCAUCCGCAUGCAGCUGUGGCUCUCAGACCAGCUCGGCCAGGCUGUGGGCCAGCCGCCCAGCGCCUCCCAGGCCAGCCCCACCGAGCCGAGGUCCUCGCCGUCCCCGCCCCCUAGCCCCACGGAGCCCGAGAAGAGCUCCCAGGAGCCCUUGAGCCUGUCGCUGGAGAGCAGCAAGGAGAACCAGCAGCCAGAGGGGCGCUCCAGCUCCGCGCUGGGCGGGAAGAUGUUCUCGGGCAGCCAGGCCUCGGGGGGCAUCCAGGAGAUCGUGGCCAUGUCCCCCGAGUUGGACACGUACUCUAUCACCAAGAGAGUCAAAGAGGUCCUCACGGACAACAACCUAGGGCAGCGGCUGUUUGGGGAGAGCAUCCUGGGGCUGACGCAGGGCUCUGUGUCUGACCUGCUGUCCCGGCCCAAGCCCUGGCACAAGCUGAGCCUGAAGGGGCGGGAGCCCUUCGUGCGCAUGCAGCUGUGGCUGAACGACCCCCAGAACGUGGAGAAGCUGAGAGACAUGAAGAAGCUGGAGAAGAAAGCCUACCUGAAGCGCAGGUACGGCCUCAUCAGCACCGGCUCAGACAGUGAGUCUCCAGCCACGCGCUCCGAGUGCCCCAGCCCCUGCCUGCAGCCCCAGGACCUGAGCCUCCUGCAAAUCAAGAAGCCCCGCGUGGUGCUGGCGCCCGAGGAGAAGGAGGCGCUGCGCAAGGCCUAUCAGCUGGAGCCCUACCCCUCCCAGCAGACCAUCGAACUCCUCUCCUUUCAGCUCAACCUCAAGACCAACACCGUCAUCAACUGGUUCCACAAUUACAGGUCCCGGAUGCGCCGGGAGAUGUUGGUGGAGGGGACCCAGGAUGAACCAGACCUUGACUCCAGUGGGGGUCCUGGAGUCCUCCCGCCAAGCCACUCCCACCCGGACCCCACACCGAAGAGCCCCGACUCUGAGGUCGAGGACCAGAAACCUACCGUGAAAGAACUGGAGCUUCUCGAGGGCCCUGAGGAGAGCGCCGCAGCCCUGGCCGCCCAGGAGAAGGCCCAAGUGCGGAUUAAGCAGGAGCAGACCGAGGAGGCCGGCAGCCAGCCGCAGGACUCAGGGGAGCUGGAUAAAGGCCUGGGUUCCCCAAAAGAGCCGCCUCCCGACCCCCCGGGGAACAACGAUGGACUCCCCAAAGCAGCCUCGGGGCUCCUCCUUCCAGGUGGGCCCACCCCAGACUGCCCCUUGCUACAGCACCCCCGGGAGAGCGAGGGGGGGGAGCGGCUACACCCAGACCCUCUAAGUUUUAAGUCGGCUUCAGAGUCCUCACGCUGCAGCCUGGAGGUGUCUCUGAACUCCCCCUCGGCCGCCUCCUCCCCAGGCCUCAUGAUGUCUGUGUCACCUGUGCCCUCCUCCUCGGCCCCCAUCUCCCCAUCCCCACCCGGCGGCCCCCCAGCCAAAGUGCCGAGUGCCAGCCCCACUGCCGACACAGCCGGGGCCUUGCACCCCAACACCAAGGUGAACCCCAACUUGCAGCGGCGGCACGAGAAGAUGGCCAACUUGAACAGCAUCAUCUACCGGCUCGAGCGGGCAGCCAAUCGGGAGGAGGCCCUGGAGUGGGAGUUCUGAAGGCGGGCGAGGGGCCGGGGGGCACCCUGGGUGGCCACCUCCCCUCCCUCGCUCCCUCCCAGGCAGGCCGGGUGAGGGCGGGAGGAACUGAGCCACCGGGGUGGACAGCAGCGCUGCGCCGGCCCCUCUCUUGUGAUCUCCUGCUUCGACGCUGGAGGGCAGGGGUGCCCCUCGCCAGGGCAGCAUGCCGCCUCCAGCCUGGCCCCGCUCCAGCAGCAGAAGCCACGGGCGCCACCUUUUCACCCAAAAACUCCAAACUCUUUUAGAAAAAUAAAUAUUUAUAGACCUCUUUUAGAUAUUUUAAUAAAGGAUCCUUUGGAAUUUAUUCCCAGCCGAUGCUGUUUUGAUAUUACAGAGAGUUAUAAAAUCAGGAUGCUGUCACAACUGUUGCGAAGUAUACACUGAAGUUGUGUCGUUUUUGCCACUAGAUGAGAUUAAAAGAAGACAAUUGCUCAAAGCCAUCACAAAACACUCUAAGAUUGACCAAAACUUAGAUCACCUUUGAACCGAGGUUUUUUCCCCCACGUCUGUGAGACAGCGUUUGGCGACUGCCCUCCCGGAAACCGUGCCGAAAGGAGAAAGUCCGAAAGACUCUAAAUGAAAAGCCUCGAUGCCCUUGGGGGUGCUUCACUCUGGGGGGCUCUUGGGCGGCCUUGAGAACGCAGAGCAUCGAGGGCCGCGCCGUCCUUCCGAUCGCCUGAAGCCCUGGGCCCCGCGGCCACGUGUCCACCCAUCCACCUGCAGACCAGGUGCGUUCCCAGAGCCUUUGGAAAGCCAGGCGUGGGGGGCAGGCAACUGCAGGCUGGUGGGCGCUCGGGCCAGGGUGACCGCGUGGCCCAACCUGAGUCGCGGCCCGGGCGCAGGACGCCCCCCGCCGGCACCCGCAUGGGCAUCGCAGACAGGACCGCGUGUUUUCAGAAAGCCGC